AUGCAAUCAGAAACGCCAAAGAAAAUAUUUUCCAGUCUUCUGGUAAUAAUCCUUGAUGUUAACCCAGCUCAAGAUACUUUACUUAGUGGCGAAAUAAAGCUAUCAUCCAUACUUAGUUCUGUUGUUGCUUUUGCUAAUUCUCACUUAAUGCUUCGAACCCAUAAUAAAGUUGCUGUACUUGCGUCUGACCCAAAUAGUUGUGAUUUUAUAUAUUCCGAUCAAGAUGAACUUGAUUUUAAAAAGAAAACAGUCAGUAGUUGUAAAAUGGGUGGAAGUCAGUAUGAAUUGUUCAGUCACAUAGAUCGUUCUAUCAAAUUUAACAUUGUGAAAUUUCUCAAGGAUGCGGCAGAAGAACCACAUAUGUCUAGAGAUACCGUCUUUGGAGCAUCUUGUGCUAAGGCUUUAUGCUACAUAAACAGAUUACAAAGUAAUCUAUUUCCGGGCGAAACAAUGAAUUCAAGAAUAUUAAUUAUAUCUGGUUGCGAUAAUGAAGGAGACAAAUACAUACGUUGUAUGAAUACAUUUUUCACAGCUCAAAAACAAAAUGUAGCCAUUGAUGUAUGUAGUCUUACACAUGAUGUCACUCUUUUAAAACAAGCAUGUUACAUCACAGAAGGUUCAUAUUUUCGUAUGCCAAAAUUAGAGGGAUUAUUACUGUAUUUACAGUGGAUAUUUUUGACAGAACCUUCUUCUAGGAAAAAAUUAGUUAUACCAUUAGCUCCACAGUUAGACUUCCGACCUUUUUGUUUUUGUCAUGGAACCCUAACAGCAAUUGGUUUUGUGUGUUCAUUAUGUUUAACUAUUUAUUGCAAAAUAAGUCCUAUUUGCACAACUUGUGAAGCAGUUUUCAAAGUACGAUCAGCCAUUGCAGUUAAACCUAAAAAGAAGAAAAUUAAAACAACAAGUGUAAAUAAUUAA